AUGUUCUCAUCCACUUUGAAAAGCAUUCCCCAGACCUCAUUUUUUUGCAGGAUAAAAAUAAGAAUACAAUCGAAAAUGGAAAAUAUAGAAGUACAGAACACACAAUGUGAGAUGAAGACAGAUCUGAAUUUACUGCUUGAAUGUCUUAAAUACCAAAUGGACAGCCCUGCUUCUCAAAAAGAGGCCUUGAUCACUAUUUAUUUAAUCUGCCAACAAAACAGUGAUGCAAGUGAUUAUUUCCGAGAGAUUGGUGGUUUGAUGUUUGUAAGUGACCUUGCAAAGUCAAGUGUGCACUGCAUAGUAAAGGAAGCAGCCUUAUUUACAUUAGCAGUUGUAAUGGAGAGUAAUGUUUACUGUCAACAAACUUUGUGUACAUCUGAAUUGUUUGAAGACCUCAUUUUCCUCUUAACUAAUAAGAAUUCUAGUGUGAAUUUGAAAAGAAUGUCUGUUUAUGUUAUAUUAGUACUGGUUUCAAAUAACAGCAUAUGGUCAUUUAUAGAGAGUGGGCAAACUCACAUCAGAGAAACAGGCUGCAUUGGUGUUCUGCUACAAUUAUUCAGAACAACUCUUUCAAUAUCUGAGAUGAAUUUGUCAGAUGAAAGUAUUAAUCAGUAUUAUCAGCUGUGGUCUUCAGUCUGUAGUACUCUGUGUGCAUGUGUUAAUAAUCCUCAAAAUGAAGACAAUCAAAACACUUGCUGUUCAGUUUUUCCACAUGCAAAAGACUGGCUCCAAAGUUGCAUAAAGCCUGAGAUAGUUCGUCCUAUUUGUUCAUUUGUUGGACUUACAGUUGCUAAUAAUUCAUAUGUACAGGAAUACUUUGUUUCUGUUGGUGGAUUAGACGUAUUAGCUGAAAUACUUAUCAAGCUGGUCCGUGAUUCAUCUAGAAGUUACUCAAGCGCAAAACUUGCAGUAGUGGUAACAAAGACUCUAGAUGCUUGCAUUGCUGAUAACUCUGCUGUUGGUGAUGUCCUGGUAAAGUAUCACAUUGUAUCUAAGCUACUGAGGUUGCUGACUUCUGACACACUGGAUUCAGGAGAAAAAAUUAGUAUUAUUCUUACAAUUGGGCAUUGCACAGAAGGUUGUGAAGAAAAUCAGUAUGAUCUGCUUAAGAACAAUGGCCUUCCAUUUAUGAUUCAGUUAUUAACAGAGUCUCAGGAUGAAGAAGUAAACAAAGCUGCAACUUUUGUGCUGCAAAAUUGCAAGCAAAUCACUGAGAAAUUGUCUCUGAAAAUAAAUGAAUAUUCAUUAAAUCUGAAUGAUGCAGAACAGUUGAAAAUGGAUCUACAGAUUAAAGAGAGGAAUCUAGAGGACUACUGGAAGAAAGUAAAAGAAAUUUUACACAGAAUAGAACUUCUUGAAAAAGAGCAUGAUGAGGAAACAGUAAGAAGACAAAUAUUUGUUGAUAUACCUCAGGAAGCAGUUACGCAAACAACAUCAAAAUACCAUAAAAUGAAUGUCAGUGACAAAAAAGCAAACACUGAAAGAACACAUACAAAAAUGCAGUGUUCACAGCUAAAUUGUAAGUCUGAUGAUUUGGUUGGUACUACAUCUGCAAAUAAUCAGUCAUCCAAAAAUGGAAUAUUAAAGACUGUGAAUCUAGUAGAUGCUUCUACCAGAGAGAGUGAGCAUAAUGUUACUCUGCAUUCAGCUGAUAAACCACACACAGGUAGUGUACAAAAAAGUCAUACUACAAAUGAACGAACUGCUUGUGAGAAGAAACAGUCAGUUCCUCAAGCAAGUGAACACUUGUUUAAACAGCCAUCACUGACUGUUCAAAAUCUGAAACAGGCACAAGUAACAGAAACAGUUACAUUUUGUUCAGACUCAACAAACAAGGAAAUAAGUAUUCCAAUUACUUCUGCAUCUCCUAAAAUGACAGAUUUAAGGUGCUCAGGAUGUAUAACAGUAGGACUGCCUUUCAAUAGCAGAAAUUUUAGCAAGAUCUUGCAUACUUGUCCACAUCAGUGUGAUCGUCACAAAGUCAUUCUGGAAGCUGAAGAGAGAUAUAAAAGGGGACUAAGAAAAUCGGUUAUCUGUAAUAACAGUAGUUCUGAGGCUUUUAAGAAAAUACUGUUGACCCCAGCUAAGAAAGGAAGACUGAAUACAGAGUCAUCAACCUUCAAGAGCAGAAAAAAUCUUGAGGAAAACUUCCAAAGUAUUCGUUUGACUCCUAUGAAGAAAACCCAAAGUAGUAUUUCAAAUAUAGAUGACAACUUCAACAAAAAUAUUAAUUUCCAAGAAAAAUAUAACUUAAUACCUACAUACACAAAAACUCUCCAAACAAACCAAGACACACACUUGAGGAAACAAACAGUCAAAGAGAGACACUACACAGAAUAUCAAGGCUUGAAUGAGAAAAAUAAAUAUUCAUUUGAUGAAGAUGAGAGCACUGAAAGUCUUUCAUUGGACACACAUGCAAGAGCUUUAAAAAAGAGUAAACGAAGAACCCGGACAGAUUUUACAACAGAAGAAGUAAACUAUCUUUUGAGUGGUGUAAGGAAAAUGGGCUAUCACUGGAAUUCAAUUUUGUGGUCCUACCCAUUUCAGAAAGGACGGACAAACAUUGAUCUUGCUAAAAAAUACCACAAGUUACAGACACAUAGGAAUGAAAAUAAGGAAGAUCUGUAACAUCUUUCUAAAGUAUUUUAUAUUCUGCUAAAGAAUUUGGAAGUUUAAAGGACAGAAUUAUAGUGUAAAUGAGUUAGGUAUUUGUUAAUAUGCACUCUACAUAUUUCACUUCAGAAAUUUUAUUGUAAUUUGUAUAGGGCUAGGCUCUGAUGUAGACUUAAAUGAAACAUAUUUUGAUAGGUAUUUUCAGAAUGCUAA